AUGGCGUCUAAGCUUUUGUUCCUCCACGCAGCUCUUCUCGGGGUCGCCACAGCGAUCCAGAAUCCUAGUGCUGGAAUCAAGAAUAAUUUCAGUUCUGAAAGACGGCACCUCACCACCAUUCAAAUCAUCGAUGGCCUCGGAAAUCGUACUGUUGCCUACAAGCGAGUCGGCAAUGGCAUGGUCGUCAUUGACAGCGAUAUCGCCUACGCAGAGGAAUAUCUAUUGAGCAAGGCCGUGGGCCAGUACCAGAAACGCGCACAUUCAGUCCACGAGACUAACGAUUCCGUGGGCACCGUUUGGCCUAACAGCGAAGUGUUUUAUAAAUAUGACUCCGAGGAAGUUAAGAGCAAAUUGAAGUCUACAGUGGAAGAGGCAAUACAGCGCUGGCAGGCUGCAGUGCCUUGUCUGAAGUUCACGGAGAAAUCUAUUGAUGCUUCUUGGAAAGGCGUCGUGACCAUAUCUCAGAGCAAGGACUCGGGAGAACACGGUUCUCUAGGGUACCAACCAAAUUACCUCAUGAUAAUGGCACUUAGUCCUGGAAGCGGUCCAAAUGAGACAACUCACGAACUUGGUCACAUCCUCGGCCUCCGCCACGAGCACCAGCGCUGGGACCGUGAGAAUUACACGCACUUCAACUGUGAGGCACUACCUGUUACAUCAGAUUGUAACCCUUGCCUCAAAGAACCGACCGAUUGCUGCGGUCCGUCAUGCGAUUUUAACAUAAUUCCUUUCGACCAAUCAUACAGCACACAGGAUGGCGAUGCCUGCGGAGGUGCAUACGAUCUCAACUCUCUCAUGCACUACCCACGCUUUGCUGGUGCUGUCAAAGGGAAACUGACCUUUACGAAAGGGCCGGAUUUCUUCCCACCUACUCCAAGUGAAGGUGAUAUAUGCCGCAUCAAGAAGCUCUAUAACUGCCAUCCUCCACCUCCAUCCUCUCUAAGCUCUCGAAGCCUCUCAAACCUUCCAAGCUCUUCAAGCACUCUAAGGACCGCAAGCCUUCCACACCCUCAAAGCACCUCGAAACCUCGCAGUAACUCAGACUCUGCAAGCACCUCAAGCUUUCCAAGCACUGCCAGCCUUCCAACCCCUCUAAGCCUCCCAAGCCCCUCGAGCACCUCAAGCCCUCCAAGCAUCGCAAACCCUCCAAACCCUCCAAACCCUCCAAACUCAACAUGUCCUGGUUACUGUCAACCCUACCCUAAGACUAAUGACUGCCACCUCCCCUGUAUACCAAUUUUAGGGGAAAUCAAGUGGUGUGUUUGCACCUCCGGCUACAAAUCAUGCUUCCCAGAUAAUGACACCAAGCAUCAAUGGAGGGUGAGAUAUCCAGAGUUACAAGAUAGAGUUUGGCUAGCUGAAGGGGUUCAAUGCGAUACGCGCUCAACUGAGUACGAGGAGAGGAGAUGCCAUUGA